UGGGGUUAGCGAGGUAACUUCAGGUUUAACCCUGGGUUUUCAGGACUACGACGGUGGUUCACUUCUCACCGGGGUACAUCGCCAUGGUAACUUAUGCUGAACAGCUAACCUGCUCCGGAGCAGGUUAUGUUCCAGAUACAGAUCGCCGGGUAUAAAAGCACCGCCCACUGACCAAUCAGCUCUCUUGGAAAAUGGCAUGCCCUUUCGAAGAGAAUCCAGUGGAGCUUGGUGCGCGGAUCGUGAGAGGAUCCCUCCGAAGAGAACGCGUAUUCAGGGACCACCAAAACCCCUUUGCUUUCCCUGAUGAGUACCUGUAUGAACGAUACAGAUUCUCGACGGAGAGCAUGGCAUAUUUGUGUCAGCUGCUCGACCCGUAUGUGGCCAGUGCCACACGUCGGAGUCGUGCGCUCACAGUGCCCCGAACCAUCUGCAUUGCCCUGCGGUACUUCGCCACGGGUAACUACCUGUAUGCUGUGGGUGCUGCUGAAAAUCUAAGCAAGAAUACAGUCUGCAAUGCCAUCCAUAAAGUGGCACGUGCCCUCACAGACAUGCUGGAUGGAUUUGUUGUGUUCCCUGGCCACUUGCCGACGCAGUCUGUUAAAGAGGGGUUUUAUGCCAUAGCAGGGUUCCCCAGAGUGAUCGGUGCCAUAGAUUGUACGCACAUUCCCAUCUCCGCACGUCUGGGUGAGAAUGAAGCGGACUAUGUCAACCGCAAGUCAUUCCACAGCCUCAACGUUCAGAUGACAUGUGACCAUAAUUGCAUGGUCACGAGCAUCGACGCCAAGUGGCCUGGGUCGGUCCAUGACUCCCGGAUCUUCAGGGAGUCCACACUGUGCCACAGACUGGAGCAAGGGCUGUUCAGUGGAGUGCUUGUCGGUGACAGGGGAUAUGCCUGCCAGCCCUUCUUGAUGACCCCCUAUCCUGACCCUGAUGCAGGGUCACAAACUAGAUUCAACGUGGCCCUUUCCAGAACCAGGGUCAGGAUAGAAAUGACAUUUGGCAUCCUGAAGGCCCGCUUCACCUGCCUUCGUGGGCUCAGAGUGGCCCCAGACCGAGCUAGCAGGAUUGUUGCAGCAUGUGUUGUGCUCCACAAUGUCGCCACCAUACGGAGGGAGAGGGCCCCUCCUGUCGACCAACAACCCCCUGAUGUGGUGGACCCCAUCACCCUCGACUACCCUACUGGCAGGGCUGUGAGAGAGGCCAUCACAGAACAAUUUUUUGCCUGA